UGUGCAUUGAUUGCACAAAAAUGCUCAUGCACCCAGGCCAACAAUUUGGUACUUCACUGGAGGAUGAAGCUUACGACACAUUCUUAUUAUCGUUCUUUUCCAAUACCGUUCUCGGCCGUCCAAAGAUUCCACAUCCAUGGGUCAAUCCAUCGGGACUCUAUUCCCACUGCGACUGCGGCUUUGGCUCGGCAACCUGCUCUUCCAUCCCCUUGGGCCUUCCACAGUAAGAGUAAGCUGGCAUCGCGUCAUCAAGGGACCAUGCGACCCCCCCGAGGUGGAGGCCAUGCAAUACGUUGCCUCGCAUACAACGAUUCCAGUGCCUAAGCUCUACGCUGUUCACGCCGAAGAAAACGGCUCUAUUUACAUUGAAAUGGCGUACGUCCAGGGCGACACCCUAGCUAGCGCCUGGAGCGGCUUGUCGACAGACCAGAGGAAUACCAUUUUUGCCGACAUCAAGCAGCACGUGUCUUGUCUCCGUGAGCUCCAACCUCCAACGCAGGAUAUGGUGUCCUCGGCUCUUCAGAAUCCCGCCUAUGACUGCCGUAUCGGAGCUCGGUUCUACGGCCCUCUGAAUCAUGACGAGUUCCAUUCAUUGGCGCGAGGGCACCUGCGCAUGGAAGACGUCGCACCUUUCCUUGGCCGGGAAGUUCACAAAGUACACACGACUCGUUAUCGGACUCACUUUACCCAUGCGGACCUGGCCCCGAGAAACAUCAUCGUGGGGGGCGGGCGUGUCGCUGCCAUCAUUGAUUGGGGGUUUUCGGGAUGGUAUCCGGAAUACUGGGAGUUCACCAAGGCGCACUAUAACUACUUCCCGGGUCAAGACUGGGAGGAGUACCUUCGUCUUGCUCUCCCCUGCUACGAGACGGAGCUCACGGCUGAACGAACCCUCUGGAGGAUGCUACCGGAGCCGGGCACACGAGCUUCCUCGUACCGUGACGGAGUUCGCAUCGAGCGCAAGGGCUCGGACCCUUCAGCGACCUGGUUGGAUGCAAGAACAGGCCGUCAGCUAACAGACCUGUGGUCUCUGGCUCUGUCUUGACAGCAAGAUAGCUGUUGAUGCCGC